AUGAUAGUGUUAUUAUUCAUCGUCUUUUAUGUUUCAAAUAGUGCGAAGUCAAUAUGUAUUAACGACUUUCUUGCGUUCAAUUAUGAAGAUGACCAAACACCAGUUAUCAAACGGUAUGACUGUUAUUUGGAUUUACCUGACCCAAUGGUAGUGAAAGGCAUCAACAACCAAGCAUUAUGUUAUAUCAGUGAGCAGUUUAUGUAUAUGACAAAAGACAAUCACACUGUUAAUCGGUGUGGAGAGUAUUUACAACUCGUUGGGGCUUAUCAAAAACAGGUUUAUUGUAUGAUUGCCGGUUAUAUGAAUGUGUAUAAAGAAGGUGUGACUGAAUCUCUUGAAGGAAAAUACAUCUCUGUCAACUCAAGAAUAUACAACCAACUCUCUCCAAAAACUAAAGCUAAAAACAAUUAUGCCUGUCAAUUCACGUUUUAUUAUGUCUACUUGGAUUUGAUGAUGAACCCUUCUCUUGUAAUUGUCGAGAGGAAAAAGAAUUCCAAUAUAGUACAAAUCAUUAAUUGCAACCAAAUUAUGUUCCAAAUCAGAAUAUUAUCAGAUACCAUUGAUGAAAUGAUAUACGCCCAGAAAAAUGGGCGUUUCGAAGUACCACAUUAUAAAGGCAAUUACACACUGAGAGUCAUUUCAUUUGAAAACAACAAAUUGGAACUUAGAGAUAUCAACUUAAACCAAGGUAAUUCCUUUGAAUUUAAUUCAAAGUUUCCUUCAGAAAAAGACAAGACGUGUUAUUAUGUCGUCAACGAUGACGUUUACUCCCCUGAAGAGAAAAAUGAGUCUGUUUAUUUCUUAAAAUGGCACAUUUUACAGCCAGAUUAUGCCAUUAAUCUUGUUCAAAUGGAAAAGACUCCAGGUGGAAUAAUAUUUGAGCCAACAGAUAUUGUCAACGGCAAAGGAUUUAUCUCCAUUGGAUAUGUCUAUAUCACUGAAAUGAUGCUCGACCAAGACUUUACUCAUGUGCAAUUUGAUAUGGAAAUGGAAGAUACAACAGACUUUGAAUUGAUUCUGGCAGACUUGGUCUACAAAACAGAUUUUGUCGAAUUCACAAAUACUUCUUUUGUGUUUGUAGAUAAAGACUUGAAGACAAAAUACUACAGAACUAACACAAGUGUGUCAAUCUUAGCUUAUUUCAAACCAGAUAGAAAAGAAUUUUCAAAUGGAGGUUCAAUCAAGUUUUUAAUCAAUAAAAAUUCCUACAUUCGAUUACAAAGAAUAAAACUGUUUAGAUCAAGUCUUGCCAACAAUCAAUAUAUUUGCGACGCAAAGUCAUUUGAUUGUUUUGAUACCGAAUGCCAAAUCACAAACGAUUCAUAUCCACAAGGUACUAACACGAUUUGGACCGAAAACUGUCGACCAGCUUGUGGGCCUUGCAGAGAAGGCUUUGUAUGUACAACUGCCGGAAAGUGUAUCAGAGAACCAAACAAUAAUUAUAGAAGUGGUCAGAUAAAAAUACUCACAAUUAUACUCUCUAUA